CACCAUCUUACUCUCAUUCGUUUUAUAUCCGUAAAGAACAUCAUUCACCCAACAAAUUGCUACACCGUGAAUCAACAACCAAUGCACUUUCAUACUAGGCAAGGCAGUAGUGACACUAGAACACCGAAAACCUCAGUGAGUCAUAGCCAUAUACAUACACUUCCCUUAAGAUCAACUCUCCUACUUGAUUUUACAUUUAUAGGGGACAUUACAUGGACUGGGUCGAUGUAUAUGAACAGUAUCUUCUUGAACGUAUACAAUACUUUGUAUUUCGUAGUUUACAAAGGAAAGGACAUGAAAAGGGGGAAUCGUUUGAAUACAUUAAGACUCCGCGAUAAUGGAAAAAAAAAAGCUCUUGAACGCGACGAAACAGUGAGUUCCGAAAAUAUUAACUAUCAGCUGCCAGAGGUAUUACAGAUAACAGCAAUUCCCAUGCGAUAGAAGACUUAUAAUACAAGAGCGCGCAAUUUUUCACUCAGUAUGUCCGAAUGCGCGAGGAGAAAGCUACCAAAGGCCU